AUGCUUCUCGACUCCGACUACGACGAGAAGCGCCUCACUCCCAACGAAGAUACCGACAACGUCGCCAUCAUCUCCCCCGACGACGCCGACAGCAUGGUCGAAGACGCAGACCCCAGCGCCGAACCAGCGCUACCGCUCGCUGAUGACCCUCAGGCGAUGAUGGACCGCUUCCUUCCAGCCAUGCCCGACUACGAGACCGAAGCAGAAACAUGGCACACUUGGGAUAUUACGGGUUGGAGACAACGGCCGAAGAGAGAGCAUGGCCCGACCUUCCAAUGCGCUGGCCAUCCGUGGAGAGUACUCUUCUUUCCAGCAGGCAACUCGGCAUCAGACAGUGUAUCCUUUUACCUGGAGCAUGGUUUCGAGGACAAGCCACCAGAGGAUUGGUACGCAUGUGCGCAGUUCAUGCUGGUGCUACACAACCCCUCCGACCCUCGAAUCUAUCUCCACCAUGAAGCGAACCACCGUUUCACGGCUGACGAAGGCGAUUGGGGCUUCACGAGAUUCGCCGAUAAGAACAGGAUCUUCGCGGCCAAAUUCGACACAUUCGACAGACCACUGGUAGAAAAUGACGGUGCGAAGCUCACGGCAUACGUAAGAGUGCUGAAGGACCCAACCGGUGUGUUAUGGCACAACUUCGUCAACUACGACAGUAAGAAGGAGACGGGCAUGGUGGGGCUGAAGAAUCAAGGAGCGACUUGCUACCUCAAUUCACUACUCCAGUCAUUAUACCUGACUGGCGCUUUCCGGAAAGCCGUAUACCAGAUUCCAACAGCCACUCCACAGGAGAGGCAGGCUUCCGAGUCCGCGUAUGCUCUGCAGAGACUAUUCUACAGGCUACAGGCCGACCCACUUGCCGUCGGCACCAACGAGCUCACACAUUCAUUCGGAUGGGAAAGCCGGCAAAUAUUCGAGCAGCAAGAUGUGCAGGAGCUGUCGCGAAUACUGAUGGAAAAGCUAGAAGCGCGCAUGAAGGGCACUGAAGCAGAGAAUGCUCUCAACAACAUGUUCGUUGGAAAGAUGAAGACAUACCUGAAGUGCAUCAAUGUCGAAUACGAAUCGAGUCGGACAGAGGACUUCUGGGAUCUCCAACUCAACGUGUCGGGUUGCAAGAGCUUGGAUGACAGCUUCAAGGAUUACAUCCAGGUCGAGACUCUCGAGGGCGAUAACAAGUACGCUGCAGAGGGCUACGGUUUGCAAGAUGCCAAGAAAGGUGUCAUCUUUGAAUCCUUCCCCAACGUGCUUCACCUGCAACUCAAGCGAUUCGAGUACGACUUCCAGCGUGAUGCAAUGAUGAAGGUCAACGACAGAUACGAGUUCCCGGAAGUCUGGGAUGCGACGCCAUAUCUGGAUGAUGAUGCUGACAAGUCCGAGCCUUACAUUUAUCAUCUUCACGGCGUUCUGGUGCACUCUGGAGACCUCAACGCCGGACACUACUACGCCUUCCUCAAGCCCGAGAAAAACGGCGAGUUCUUCCGCUUCGAUGAUGAUCGGGUGACUCGAGCUACCAAACGCGAGGCAAUUGACGACAACUUCGGAGGCGAUUAUACCACGGUGAACGGUGUCAGCAGAGGUCAAAAUCCAUACACUCGGCAAUGGUCUACAAAACGCUCGAACAAUGCCUACAUGCUUGUGUAUAUUCGAGAGAGCCGUCUCGACCACAUAUUGUUGCCCGACAGCGAAGUCAAGCCUCCAGAGCACCUUCCCAUCAAGCUUGCUGAGGAAAGAGCUAUUGCAGAACGGAAACGGAAAGAACGCGAGGAGGCGCAUUUGUACAUGAGUGUGCAGGUCGCAACAGAACAGAACUUCAGGGACUACCAAGGCGUGGACCUGAUCCCUUGGCAAAGUGACAAUGCGGCAGAUCCUGCCACGCCCAGAACACACCGAUUACUCAAAAGCAUGACUCUGGCGGACUUCAUCAAAUACAUCGCGGAGCAGCAAGGAGUUGAAAAGGAUCUGAUCCGCCCUUGGAUCAUGGUGAAUCGUCAAAACGGCACAGUGCGGCCAGACCAUCCCCUCAUGUGGCCCGAUAUGACGCUACACGAAGCUUCGGAGAAGUUCAGCACCCGUGCGCAUGGCUUCAGAGUGUUUAUGGAGGAGACGACACGGGACGACAAAGGUGAGCCGAUUUGGAAGAACGAAGAAAGGAUUCCUUCCUCUCCGGCUGUCAAUGGCGCCGUACCCCAGCAACAACACAAGCCAAUCAUUUUGUUCCUAAAACACUUCGAUGUCGACCGGCAGGUUCUACACGGUGUGGGCCACAUCUACAUGAGCCCUCUUGAUAAAGCUUCGGACUUGGGAGAUCCAAUCAUGGAAAUGAUGGGUUGGCAGCCUGGAAGCGUGAAUCUGGAGCUGUUUGAGGAGAUCAAGCAGAACUACAUCGAGCCGAUGAAAGCAAAGGUAAGUCGGCCCACGAGGAGCACGCGUGCUUGAAGCCAGACAGGCUCUUUGCCCACAUGAUGAUCCAUAUCUUUGAAGAGACCAACAUGCUGACCAUUACAGAACACGCUCCUCGCUUCCGAGAUUCAAGACGGCGACAUCAUCGCGUUCCAGCGUCACCUCACCGAGAACGACAUUGUUGAGCUGAAGCAGACCAACCCAACAGCGCAAAUCACUGCGCCAAACUUCUACGACUUCUUGUUGAACCGAGUCUAUGUCACCUUCACGCCCAAAUGGGCUGAUCCAGUCCCCCAUCUGGAACUGAAGAGUGAGGGCAUGGAGAAGUUCGAAUUGGCCCUGUCAAAGAAGGACUCCUACGACUCACUCGCACUCAAGGUUGCUGAAUACCUGUCAUCGGUAAACGCUAAGCUUGUGGAUCCUUCACAUUUGCGGUUCAUGACCACGAACGCGCAGACGGGCAAGGUCAGAUCAGUCGUGAAGAGGCAGCAAGGCACUACCGUCAACACCAUCUUGUUCGGGACUGCGGGCUACGGAGCGUAUGCUUACACGCCGACCCAAGCGCCGGACCAUCUCUUCUACGAAGUACUGGAGAUGAGCCUCCAGGAUCUUGAGCAGAGGAGAUCGAUUCGCGUGACAUAUCUGACCGAAGGAAUUACCAAAGAAGAGCCACUCGAACUCCUCGUCCACAAGCAGUCACAAUUCGACUCCGUCUUGGAGCAGAUGUCGAAGAAGCUGCAGUUGCCACAAGAGAUCGCUGAGCAGAUCCGCUUCUACGAAGUGCACAGCAACAAAGUGUACAAGGUCCUCCCACCCUCGCAUAGCGUCGUGGCACUUAAUGAGUUCAUGACGGUCUAUGCCGAGCGAAGACCUGAGGAGGAGAAGGAAUUGGACGAGGCAAAAGGCGAUCGCCAUCUGUACUGUUUCCACUUCGAAAAGGACCCCUCCAAAUCGCAUGGCGUUCCAUUCAUCUUCGUUAUGAAGGAAGGCGAAGUUUUCAAGGAGACCAAGGAGCGGCUAUCCAAGCGAACCGGCAUCAAGGGCAAGAACUUGGAAAAGAUCAAGUUUGCUAUCAUCAGGGGUGGACAGACGUACAGCCGACCGGUCUGGGUCGAGGAUGAUGAUAUUCUCUCGGAAAAGCUGGAAGCCCAGGAUCACCUCGGACUGGAGCAUCCGAACCGGAAUCGCAACACCUGGGCUCGAUACGAGAGCUUGAAUAUUCGAUAG